AAUAUGUUUUUAUUUAUUUGCAUAGUGGCACAAAACAAUACAAAACAAGACAUUACAAUCCCGGCAUCACUUCAGAUACCUAUUGUCUGCAUUAAAAUUUACCCAACGGCAUUAGCAAACUUUAUCACCCACAGGGUCGUGUCAAUGAGUUUGUACAGUUUGUACGCUCAGCCAAGCGGCGCAACAAAGUCGAAAACAAAAACGCUUUUAUUGCACAAAAAUUUCCACCCAAAUUAACGUUCAAUUCAACGCCGAACGAUGGCCCAUUUUCUUUCGGGCAUUGGGAGUACUCAUGCUACACAAAACAAGGUGUAACAGAUAAAACGAAUAUUGCGAGUGGAAUAUAGCUCGAUUGACCGUAUCACCGCAGUAAGCUCGAGCAGGCUCAAGUGGGCAGAAAAGUUUUUCCUUUCACCACGCGUUAACGGGGCUAUACGCAGUGUUGAGUGUUUGCAUGCAAAGUUUUGCUGACUUCCAAAACCUUCAACCAGCUGGCGAGCCUACCCGACAGUAGUAACCGGUAGUAUAUUAAGAAGAGGUUCGGAGGAGCACCCAGGAAAUGAAGAAAUUUUCAACAAGGCUUAAAAUUGCUUCCUGCGUAUUAUCUACGACUUGCCCGAAAGAUGCUAGCAAAUGUUUCCGCUCGAGCAGGGUAGCGUACUACUAUGUAUGAGUAAGCCCACAAACGAACUCAUUUCCGGUCCAGUUUGACCUUUUGUCCCGCUUUCGUAGUAUUUAUUGUCUCAUCGAUUCAAUAUGAAUCUGAAGAAGCCGGUCAUCAUUGCGGCUUAUUGGUUAAGGCAACAAACCGAAAUGGAUUAUGGCUUUCUUGCUUCGGGGGGACAGAACGUGGGCAAGACUUGCUUCCAUUAGGUCGGAAGUAGUUCUCAUCAAAAUAGAUUGGAAAAGUUUGACCGAAGCAAUGUGGCCCAUUCCGGUGAUGUGCGGUUUGUAUGGCCGAAUUCCGAGAAUUGGGCAGAAAAAGGUUUAUAAACAGGCUCGUAAAAAUAUCUGUCCAUGUCACUGUUUUCGCUUUAUUCUAAGUCUGACGGUAGACUGUUCUGUUCAAAUAGUUAUGAUAAUGUAUGGAGAUUACAUACUCUACGCCAUUCAUGAGUAGUUGCAAACAUUUAGGCGAUGUUAUCAAUGGCUUUCCCGAGAAGUGUACUAAUUAAGCAUACUUAAAUGUAAAACUGGCUCCCGUUUUGACAUAAGACUAUCAGAGCAUACUGGCUCACCAACAUUGCCGCAAGCCACCACCACGUUAAGCUGUGCCUGUGGCAAAUUUCCGACAGUACCAUUUUGCCCGCAACACAAAACGCUCAUCGAGUGUAGUUGUAACUCAAACCCAGUUAUCGAGUUGUAGCAAAACUAAGUUUAAUUCGUUCGUUUCCUUCAGCUUGCUUCCUUCGCCCUGUGCGGGGCGUGUACCGAGUACCAUCUUUGCCCUCUAACUACUAACGCAUCCUACACGCAUCACUUCGUGCAACCAAAAACCAUACCCUGUUCGCUCCUUCACGGCCAACAGCAGUGCCGUGCCUAACAUGUCAACGUACACGAUGCGGUAGAUCAAAUCUGGGCGCCUGUGCAUCGUUUCAAUUUAGUGCGAGUAACAAGCAUCGGAAGGUCGCACCAACCGGGCUUAUCUGACAUGUUCAUCGAGUAAACUAAUUGGGUUUCAAUGGUAGGUUGAGUUUAGAAAAGCUUGUACCGCCCUCCAGCACCCUUCCAGCUGACGCACACUUCCUCCCCUCGUAUAUGCAUACAGCCCGGGCCCAGGGUGCUGUGUUUCGCUCGGAAGGGGAAGCUAAUCGUAGCUUUUCAUCGUACCUUGAGAGCUGCUUUUCGGAGAGCCUACAAGCCACCAGGGGGCGAUGCUAGUGGGGUAAACUUUGGGCUCCCCAAACGUACCCUCAAAUCCCACCUAAGCCAUUUACAAAGUUUUUUGAACGAUGCGAGGAUCGUUAUCUUGCCCGCUUAGGCGAACCUUCCGAAUGCGUGACGGUAAAGAGUAAAUGAGUGUUGGUGUGUGUGUUAUGUGAUAAAGCAUGUGAUGCGGUUCGGUUUAGUAUUGUAACACGCCCACACGUGCUCUGCAGCGAAAAUGUUAACAUUUUUCAAAGCAAUCUUCAAUCGUUUCAUCUUUACCGAGGAUCAUGUUUUUUUUUUACCUCAAAAACACACUUUUACUAUUUUCGGCCGUUCGAGAUUAAAUACAGCUGGCCGAGAAUGUAACCCGUGCUGGCUUCAAUAAUGCGCCGCUCUUCAAACAAUGUAUCCUUCCACGAAGCCGGCCAUCAAUACGAAGCGUCUCUGAAGCGUCUCCGGCUGCUGGUGCCCGUGAUAAAAGUUAAUCUCCGGGAUCGUGCAAGCGGCACGUGAAUUCAUUUCGUACGGUCAACUACCAUUUUUAUGAGCAUUAAGGUACUGCUUUAGCAAAUAAACCCCCAUCAAGGGGUUCUUUUGUCCCUUUCGGAAACACAAAGCAAGCGUACGAGCGAAAGGAAUCGUUCCAUGGCUUUGAGGGUAUGGUUUGUUUUUUUUUGUUCUUUUACACUCAAGUCGGACACAAAAGAGAUUUGGAAAGAAAGAAUGGAGAGACAUGUCAAUAGAAAAUUAAUUAGACGGAGAAAAACACUUAUUUCGCUUUGCUUGGUGAUACUGUAAAGCAAGCUCCUAAAAUAAAUGAAGAAUGUAGGAGCGCGUAUAAAUGUGUAUAAACGAUUUGUUUUCCGAAAUUUCAAACCUGCUUUCUUUUGUUAAGAAACUUCUACUACUGCACAAGCUCUUCGUCAUUUUGUGUAAAACAUUUUCACUCCUUUCUCAGAAGCUCCUAUGUCAGUAGGCGGUUAGAAUCAGAACGUGACAUGAACAAGACAUCAAAAUCAAAGCCAAGUUAUUUCCUGGAAUAUCAACUACUUCUGAACAUGAUCACGCCUCCUAGGUAGCAACACGUUUGAAAAAUUAAGUAUAUAGUAAACCACACCAAGAACAUGAUUUAGUAAAGAUUAAGAAGAUAAUCCUAGUUAUCCAUACAAGUUCUGUGCUUCAGGGGUUACUAUCUGGGUGUUUGACACUCAAUUAGCAAAGAUUGCAAUCUAAAACAGGUAGAAUCAUAAAAGCUUAGCAACAAAAACAAGGAAAUUUUGUUGAAAGUGGUGAAAUUGUAUGAUGGAAUUGUAGAUUCGAUGCCUUAAGCAUCAUCACGAGCGUCACUGGGGUCCUUUUUUCGAGGAACCGGUCAACGUGACUUCCGGGGCGGCCUUGCAGGUUGGAUAUCAUUUAUCAACGGAGGCUAUCCUCAACUGUAGGGUAGGCAUGCUUAAAGAUAAAACGGUGAUGUGGAUCCGACGAACCACCGACAAGGUAUCGUUGCUCACCGUUGGCAAUAAUACGUACAGCGGGGACCCGAGGAUAAAGGUCAAAUUUCAAUAUCCCAACAAUUGGAGGCUACAUAUCAACCCGAUCAAAUCCGACGACGCCGGCCUGUACAUGUGCCAGGUGUCGACGCAUCCGCCACGGGUGUUCGCAACGAAUCUGACCGUCUUGGAGCCCGCUGUAAGAAUAGUGGACGAGAUGGGGUACGAGUUCUCCGAUCGGUACUAUAAGCUAGGCAGCACCAUCGAGAUCUCGUGCCAAGUGUCGACGUCCUAUCUGGCUACCCUUCCGCCCAGCCCCAAGUCGGCUGGCCAACAACAACGCUCGAAGACUUCCCCCGCUGGUGCACCGGCAAACACGUUGGACGAGACGGCGAAAACAGGCUCCAAACCCACUAAAGACGAUAACAAACUGUCCGACUCGACGGAAAGAGGGUUGAUUAGCUGGACCAAGGAUGGCGCCGAGCUGCCGAAGGAUGUCAAGAUGAGUUUUAGCGGCACCAAGCAGUGGCUCAUCAGCCGGAUAUCGAUUCUGCAGGCAAAUCGUGUCCACAAUGGCGUCUACAACUGCACCGUCGCCGGCAAGCAGAGCCAGGCGGCCCAGGUUCAGGUCCUGAACGGUGAAACUCCGGCCGCUGUUCAGCAUAAUUUUGGCCAUCGCAAAGAGGCGUCCGGGCUGCUAGGGCUUCACGUGCUCGCUGUGGUGGUAAUAAUGUGGUACACUGUACAGUUUCGGAUGCGGUUGGUUGGAUUGCAACUGCAAUGAGCAGAUUUAUUUGAAGCAAGAGAUUAAAGCCUUUUGGAGCUAAUACCUAGUAAAAGACUUUACACAAAUUAAGACUGACAUAUUGUACAAUGUAUGUUAUUCAAUGAAUAAAUCAAUAGUCUAACUAUAACCUUUAAA